AUGAGGUUACCUCUGAAGAGAUCAAAGAAGCUAUCUUUGGUUAAGGCAAUGACAAAGCUCCUGGCCCUGAUGGAUUCACUCCCUACUUCUUCAAACAUUCAUGGUCCAUUGUUGGUGAGGAUGUGGUGCUGUUGUAAAAUAUUUUUUUUCCAAAAGUCCUCUCUGCUUCCUGUUUUCAAUGCAACUACACUUGCAUUGAUUCCCAAAGUUCCCAAUCCUUGCAAAGUUAAAUAUUUCAGGCCAAUAUCUUGUUGCUCAGUAAUUUAUAAGACUAUUACUAAGAUAUUAAUCAAGAGACUGGCAUGCCUCAUCCUUGGAAUGGUUUCACUCAACCAAACCGCAUUUAUAAAAGGAAUGAGCAUUGUUGACAACACCCUUCUUGCCCAAGAAUUGGUUAAAGGCUAUGGAAGGAAAACCAUCUCUCCAAGAUCAUGUUUCUCUGAAGCUAGAUUCUCUAAAUCCUUUAAUGGGAGCUUGAUUGGAUUCUUCAAAGGAGCAAGAGGUAUUAGACAAGAUGUCCCUCUUUCACCUAUCCUUUUUGUUUUAUCUUUGAAUGUCCUAUCCAGAUUGUUCAAUUUGGUUGCUGAUAAAGGUCUUUUUAGUUACCACCCUAAAUGCAAACAAAUAGGGCUUACUCACUUAUCCUUUGCUAAUGAAUUAUUGAUAUUUUGUAAGGGAAAUGUGGAGUUUGUUGCAGGAGUCAUCUCUAUCCUUGCUCAAUUCUAUGAAAUGUCUGGUUUGAAUCUUAAUACUGGCAAAUGUGUUUUCUUUAUUGCUAGAAUUUCAACCAGUACUAUCGAGACUAUAAAGCAUUUUACUGGUUUCAAUCUUGGAUGUUUGCCUGUUCGAUACCUGGGAGUUCCUCUAAUUACAAGGAAGCUCUCAGAGAAAGAUUGUGAAAAUAUUAUUGAGAAUAUUAAAUCAAGGCUAACUCUUUGGUCUAGUAAACACUUGAGCUUUGCUGGUAGACUGGAGCUCAUUAGAGUUGUUCUGUUCAACAUUGCCAAUUAUUGGUGCAUGCAACUUCUUCUUCCUCAAUCAAUAAUCAACAAGAUUGAACAACUUUGUUCUCGAUUCUUCUGA